AUGGGGAAGAGAAGAGUAACCUUGGAUUGGGCCAACCAGAGAGUGAGGAGAGCCAACAUUAAGACAAGGCUUGCUGGACUCAUCAAGAAAACGAAUGAACUCUCGAUUCUUUGUGACGCGAGAGAUUAUCUCGUGGUGUUUAAUCGUGAAAUAGAUCAGUUUGUGGUGUGGCCAUCUACCCAAGAGGCGAAUUCGCUCAUGGAGAAGUACUACUCUUUGACCGAGCGUGAAAGGAGCAAGAAGGCCGUUGAUCCGGAGUUAUUCAUCGAGGCUAAUAUCCAAAAAAUUGAGAAGAAAAUAGAUGAUGCUCGGAAGGCUAUCGAGGAGUUAGAGAUGGAACAUCUCAUGUUACUCAAUCAUGGUCGUGUACUUGCUGAUCUUUCCCUAACCUUGAUUGAUAAACUGCGGUCAUAUACUGGUAAGAAAAUUACUUCUUUCAGAAAUGAGAUUAUGGAUCUUGACCCUAUGAGUGUCGACGAGGCAUCUCCUGAAGAUACGAUCCUGAGUGAUUCCAAUGUUCCAUCUGCUGGGUGGACUGAGAAUGGUUACAACGUCAUGGAAACUACAAUUGUCCGUUACUAUGAUGAUUGGGGGGUCUCUAAUGAAAAUCGUUUACCCAAAAUGGUCAAUGAAUUUGACCUAAACAUGGAACCAUCUGAUGUUGGAGAAGAAAACUUGAGGGAAACCUCUAAAGAAGAGAGUAUCAAGAAUGCUGGUGGUGCUGAAGAGUGA